UUUGUGUCUGUCAGUCGCCGUCCGCAGCUGUCAGCACUGGACUCGCUCUCCCUUGAAAAUGCUCCAGAAUUCUCUUUCCAAAUCGUUUUAGUGCUUGCUGCUCCAGGCCCGGCCCGGGUUGUGGUCGUGGUGGUUUGUGAUGGAUGCAGCUCUUAAUGGAAACUCCGUCACUGUCUCUACGCGGCUACAAACAAGUCACUGCUUAGGACGUGAACAUCAGUGGGCGAGGGAGAGUGAAAAGACUCCAUGGACAAGGGCGAGGAGGGGGUUGAUUUUGUUGAUGCUGUUCCUCAUGACGGGGACUUUAAUGCUCAUGUUCUACCUUGAAGUAUCGUUGCCUUUGAGCUUUUGGAGAACAAGCUCAGUGUCUAGCAACAAUAUGACUACUGCUGUCUUCAGUGUCACAGCGGAGGGCUUUGUGGCAUACCCACACCAUUACCGUCUCAUACUGGACGAGCCACACAGAUGUUGGCGGGAAAGCCCCUUCCUGGUCCUUAUGAUCCCCGUCGCACCCCACAACAGAGAGGCCCGCGACGCCAUCCGCAGCACGUGGGGCAAAGAAACCGCAGUGCUGGGCCAUGUAAUCAGCCACUACUUCCUGCUGGGACAGUCCACGGAGGGAGAUGCGUCCGAGGUCCUCGAGCGGCAUUUGUUACAGGAAAGCCGGACACAUCAAGACAUUCUCCAGAGUGACUUCAUGGACAGCUACAACAACCUCACCAUUAAAACCAUGGUCAUGUUCGAGUGGCUCAGCUCCCACUGCCCCAACACCUCGUACGCCAUGAAGGUCGACUCCGACAUGUUCCUCAAUGUCCACAACCUCGUUGACAUGCUCGCGGCGGCCCCCCGACAUCUCUACAUGACAGGGCAGGUGGCGAGGGGUGCCUUUGUUAUCCGAUACCGCAGCUCAAAGUGGUUCAUGCCCGUGUCUGUCUUCCCUGAGUCAACGUACCCACCGUACGCCCUGGGACUGGGCUAUGUGUUCUCAAUGGAUUUACCCAGGAGGAUGCUGCAGGCGUCGUCGCACGUGCGAGCUGUGAGCAUUGAAGACGUGUACGUGGGCUUGUGUAUGAGACACCUGGGAAUCCCACUGACAGAUCCCCCCAACAGUGGUUUGUUCAGGGUCACAAAACCGUUUUUCACGUACAACUGUUACUGGACCUCUGUCAUUACAACAAUACUAGAGACCUCAGAGCAGCUUCGGGAUGUAUGGGCAAUUUAUCAGACUCAAGUACAAAAUGGCUGUUAAACCCUUCUGCCGGUGCAGAAAAUUGCCACUAAUUCACAGUUGCACCCCGUUACUGCCUUGAUGAUGGGUUUUUUGGAAUCGACUUUUGACUUACUUGGAUUGUUUGUAUUUCUUUACACCAGUUACAAUCAUCUUGGGUGGGACUAAGCCAAUAAGCCACUAUUUUGCGUCAUUGGUGCAGCCGCAAAAUAGUGUCGGGAGAAAUUGAUUUGGAAAAGUGAAGAGAAAUGUAUAAUAUCCUACCAAAAGAUUGCAAACAAAAACAAUGUUAAAGCUAUAGUAAAAGUUGAACUGGCUACGACCUAAAUCCUUUAGAUAACAUGCUUAGAUUAAAGCUACAGAGUGUAAUAUUUAGAAGAACGUAUUCACAGAAAUUUAAUAUAUUGUCCAUAAUUGUGUGUUCAUAUAUGUACAAUCACCUGGGACAAAGAACCAAUGUUUUUUCGUCGUGUUGUGCGACUCGGGAGGACGAAAUAAAAAUGACCACGCCGACUUCCGGGGUCCAAGUUCCGAGUUGUUCCAAAGUAAAAUGGAACGCAGCAUUAAACACGGUUGCAGAGAACUCGUCGCAUUUGCGUUGAACUUCCAGCGCUGCGCGAAACCGGAAAUGGAAUUAACGGUGCGCUGCCAUAAAAUGUCCCCUGUCGGGUGCUCAGUGGGUUGCGGUUUACAACUUUACCACCUGAUGCCGCCAGAAAAGUACAAAAAUUACACACUGGGGCUUUAAAAUUGAGCAGAAUGAAUGACGAAACGACAGCAUCCAAAAAUUACACAACGACACACUUUUGACCGUUCACGUGAACUGCAAUGUAGAAGCUGUAGUUACUAUAGUCAGGAUAAUAUCUUCUGUACCACAGCUACACUCUUCUUGGCCUGCUGACAUUCAGCGGGACUAUGGUUGAAUGCAGCUGUAACCAAAAUAUUCAUGAUUUUUGUGCGUGAUGUGCUGAAUGGAUGUUUUAUUAAAGUUUCAACUAAAAAACUGGUGUGUCGCGUGUACACACUUGUACACUUGAACAUGGAGAAUGAACAAAAGAUCUGAGAAUGAGGUGAGGUUUGACUGGCUGGUGGUAAGUACAGUACUUGAAUUGGACACACCUGGUGUGACUGUAAGUUCCAUGUGAGAUCUACAGAAUGUCUCCAAAAAGUACAUUGAUGACAUGAUGGCAAAAUGAUGAGUCAGCCCACAAAGUAGACCCACUUACCACAAGCGGCUCACGUCACAUCCUCUUCUCGUUU